AUGUCUCGUCUAGAAGAUCUUCCGGGCGAAAUCCUCAUGUUAAUAUUUGAAUAUAUGGAUGUUGAAGAUGUUUGGACAAUAUUUUUUAAUAUGACUGUCAGAUUUAAUAUACUUGUAUUUGAUUCUCGUUUGCGUUUAACAGUGAAUACAUCAAAACUUGGCAAAUCUAAAUUCGAUGAAUUUUGUUUAUCAUUAGCUGAGAGAAAUUGCAAUAAUAUUUAUUCAUUGACAUUAUCAAAUAAUUAUUUUCGAUAUCCACAAAUUCGUCAGUUUCUAUUCAAUACAAGUUUUAUUUAUUUUCAAUCGUUAUAUUCAUUAACUUUAAUUGAUAUAAAUUAUGGUGAAUUGAUGAAAACAACAAAGCAAAUAAAACAAUUAACUAGUCUAAAUCAUUUGCAUAUCAAUACACACGAAAUAUUUGAUGAUAAACAACUGAUGGAUGCAGCACAAGCACUAUUGGAUCAACCAAAAAUACAUGUUUUAGAUAUCAAUUUUCAUGAAAAAAUGCAAUGGCAUACAAACAAACUAAUUUUAUUAUCUAACCUUGAAGUACUAUCAUUAAACUUCAUAAGUAUUGAUCGAUUAUUCUCACUUUUACCCUAUUGUCCAAAACUUCGUUCACUAUCAAUGACACUUGAUUCUCGGAGUACUUCAUCCGCGCCCAACGAUGCGAGUGAACUAUCAACAAAACCAAUUCAAACAUUUCCUCAAAUACGCAAUCUUCGAUUUUGUCUUCGUUCAUUUAAUCUCCCGGUUCUUCAAUGUUUAUUAAAUGCUCUACCGUCGAUUACACUUUUGUCAAUCGAUACUCUCAUAUACAAUGAAGAAUAUAUACGUGCUCCGUUUUGGACAUUAUUAUUACAGCAACGAUUACCAUUGUUAGAACGUAUCAGAUUAAUUUUACGAGGAUUUUUCACUUUACAACCAAAUAAAGUUAUCGUUCUAUACCGACGAAAUCUCAUUGAUGGUUAUAAAUGCGAUCGAUAUUGGCUUGAUCGAGCGCAUAGAAAAAUAUUCGUUUGUUACGAAAACCCAACGUCCGUGGUGCUUCAAAUUCGAUAA